UCAUCCUCAACUAGCCGAGUACCUGGGCUCAACUCUCCGGCUAACUCAAUCUCCGCUCUGCGCUCCUAUCGAAGACGCAUUACCACCACUGGCGUCGGAGGUGGCAUCGGCUCUAGCUCAUUAAGUUGCGGUGGCCGUGUCGGAGGCACCAUUAGCGGCAGCAAUCUUGUUUUGUCGAGAAGACUAGCCAACAGUCAGACUCAUGCUCAAGGCCAGGGUUUACUUGCUACUUCAUCUGCUACUCUACCAGCCUGGUCUGGCCAAGCUUCAGGACAGCUCGGCAUGGUUUCGGGUUAUACAAGCACUCCCAGCGCUGAUUUCAGUCUUGGGCUCGGAUUAGAUGUGCCUAUGAGCGAGGCUAGUCAGCACCCAAGAUAUCUUGUCAAAUCGAACGUCUCAAUUACAGAACCAGAAAGUUCUAGUGCCAUCGGAUCAGCUGGCUGUAGCGGCCAGAUUUCGGAGCCCAAUGGUGGGUUUAUACGUGGCGUUGGUUCUCAAAUCUAUAAGCAGGAUGAAAACAGGGCCAUGGUUACCGCCACCUACAUGCUUGGCCCAGCCACCUCAGAUACCUGCACACUGAAUUGUAGUCGAUCCCCCCAUCCUCAGUCUCCUUCUCGAUCUAGAUCUAAAUCGCAUUCACAUUCCCGGUCAAGAUCGCGAUCUGCCUCGAACAGUUCUGCUGAGAAACGGAAAGCGCUGGUUGAUUCUAACUCCAUGAACACAGACUUGACGGCUGAAUCAAUUCAUUCUUCCAUCGGACUGUCAGGAGGCCUGAUUUGUGCUGCAGCGACUGCUCCUUUGGCUAACCGGCAAAAGUACUAUUUGGUCCAGUCGGCUGGUGGUCAUUUAGCUGCAUCCUCAGAUAGGGAACCCAUCCACCUAGUUCGCCUACCAGCCGGAGCUUCUGGCCAGCAAUUACUACUUCGACCAAUGGUGCCAUCGUCUAACCUGGUAUCUGUUGGGCAGCAGUCACAAAAGCCACAACAGCCCCAUCAGGUGGUGAUGAUUCAGCAGGCAAUAAACAACCGUUCGGGUCUGAGCAACCCGAAUAUUGGCCAAACUCCUAGCUUGCUCAUGCUACCUGCCGACCCAUAUUCUAUGAUGCAUGCGUCCCUACUAGUCCCUUCUCAUGCCGGCCCAACUUCCUGCUCCUGGCUGGCAGGGCAGGUAGCUGGCCUUGACGCUGCAUCCAGUAGCCAUACAUUGCCUCCACUACCGAUACCUUCAUCUCCACCUCUGCCAGCUUCCACGCAGUCUCCUAUUCAGACGAAGACGUCAGAACCUGCAGUUCUGCAGGCGCUAACGCCGGGUCAAGUUCAGCAACUACUUCAGCUGCAGCAGCAGCAGCAGCAUCAACAGCAAUUUAAGCUGCAGCAACAGGGCAGAUUUCGUAACGUGCAUACCAUCGGCCCUCAUAGCUUGAUAAGUGAGUGGACUUCUAUUCAUACUGCUUAG